UUGUUAUUUUUUUUAAUAAUUUGAAAAUAUCGCCGAUAUGUAUGGUAGACGGGGUCUUGAAAUUGAAUUCGAUGACGAUGAGGACGAUGAUGACGAACCAUUUAUUGUGGACAUUCAAGUCCAGGAUGAAUCAACGACAUUGGACGUUUCUGACGAUCAGCUACAAGAAACUGUAGACAAGGAGGACACGAAUUUACCCCAAAUUCUGGCAGUGGCUUUUGCUUGCGUCCUGGAAGACACCGUCGAUCAAUUAGGAACCAUCAGUAACAUGGCAGGACUACCGAGAAUCCGGAAGAAAAAUGAGGAAGGAAAGAUAGAUGAAACACUGGAAGAGUUGAAAAGGCACAUCGGAAGUGGUAACAUUUUCGAUCCAGAAAUACUAGCGCCAGCUGAAGAAGCCCUUCAGUACCAAAAACUACUCAAAUUCCAGAAAGAUGUCCAUUUGGUCAGGGAUAUUUUGGAACAAACGAUCAAUAACUUGGCUACUUUAAACAAUUUCGAUUGCCUCGUCGAUAAAAUAAACGAAUACCAAACGAAGCGAGUCCAAGAAAAGAACUUCCUAGAAUCUGCGAGAGAGAAUAGAGAAAAGCUCGAGAAUUUGCAAAAAGCAUUUGACAUAGAAAAAAGUGAGGCAGAACGAGAAAUUCAAGAAAAAUCAGAAGAAAUCGGCAAAAUCAAAGAUGAGAUCGAAAAUACCAUUUUCGAAAAUGGAGUAAAAAUGCGCUACGUGUCGAAAUGGGAAAAUUCACGAACUGAACUAAACAAUUUCAUCAUUGACACGACCGAGGAAAAUUAUCUCAACAAAAUAAAAACUUUAAACACGGAAAUUGAACGGGAAAAACGAAUCAAUAAGGAAAUAGAAACCUACAUUUCUCAGACACAGGAGGAGUAUGAAGACAAGAUCCUGGAGUGGAUGGAACGGUACGACACUGAAAUAGAACAAUUGGACAUGGAUAUACAAGUUAUCAAAGAAAAAAUUGAAUCGCAACAAUUAAAAUAUGCAGAAGUUAAAAAUACGUACGAAGAACAUAGAAAAUUCGUGGAA